AUGGCCUUACCUCGUAGGUCCGCCGCGUCUUCUGCUUCGUCAGGACCCUCAGCACCCACAUCUGGGUAUGCAGAUGUGGUCGAGUUGGAUAGAUAUAAAUUGGUUUGUAAUAUCGGUAAAGGCUCUUUUGGGGUCAUCAGUAAGGUUCAAAGAGUCGAAGAUGGGAAAGAGUUCGCUAUGAAACAGCUUGAUUAUAGCAAAAUGACCGAUAAGGAUAGGAAACAGAUCUUGGCUGAAGUGGCCAUCCUGGAAAGUCUCAAACAUCGCAACAUUGUUCAACUCAUACAAAAAAUAAAAGAUCCAAAGAACGAACGUAUCUACAUUGUCAUGGAGUAUUGCACGAGCGGUGACUUGGGUUCACUCAUACGUAAAGCUCAACGUACCGGUCAACCAAUACACGAAGAUAAGAUAUGGAACAUCUUCCUACAGAUCACUCUUGCUCUACAUCAUUGUCAUUGGCCUGCUGAACGUCCUGCACAGGGACAAAGAGCUGGAAGACCCAGUGGGGGAAGUGAUAAGAGUGAUGUACCUAGAUAUCAGGUAUUACAUAGGGACUUAAAACCGGAGAAUGUUUUCCUCUCCGAUGAUUUUGUCAAAUUAGGUGAUUUUGGCCUCAGCAAGGAUAUGGGCAAUUCUGCAUUCACCAGCACAUAUGUCGGAACCCCAUUGUACAUGCCUCCGGAAAUACUGGCAGAAAACCGCUAUGACACCAAAUCGGACAUAUGGUCUCUGGGGUGUCUGGUCUACGAAAUGUGUGCUUUGACUUCUCCAUUUUCUACCGCCCAGACACAAGCCGAGUUGAUCCAAAUGGUCAAAUCGGGAAAACUGCCUGCUCUGCCUGGUCACAUUUCACCCGCUUUGACAAGGGUCAUCAAGGCCAUGUUGACGUUGAAUCCCGUACGACGACCUUCGACCAAGGAUUUGUUGGAAAUGGACGAGAUGAAAUUACAUCGCAAACUCUUCACCGUGCAAAACCAGACCUCUAUAUUGGCCACUCGAAAAGGCGAGAUUAAAGAAUACGAAGAACGGCUGAUGGCCCGAUCUCAAGCGCUAGAAGAAAGAGAGAAAUCUCUAGCUGCACGAGAAGCUAAUUUAUCCGCUCGAGAAGCAGCAUUCGCUUUGAAGGACGAAGAAAUCCGUGAGACGCAGAAAAAGAUCAACCAAGCUGUAGAGACACUCCGGGGUCAAUGGGAUAAAUUGCGUGAAGAGAAAGAGAAAAAUCAAGAAUCUAUUGGAAUGGGUUUACCUGUCCUUAUAGAGAACCAACCACCUCCCAUUCGACGAGCUUCCACCGCUCCGAGUAGACCUCUGUUGGAAGAAAGAGCGACCAUGCCACUUCCUCCUAUCUCUCGUCUUUCACGAGCACCAGCAUCAUACGAUGAUACACCUUCUAAAAUCCCUCUUGCUUCACCUACAGCUAUAGAGCAUAAUUUCAAACCACAAUCCACUCCUCUUAGACGAAACGCAACGAAAUCACUUGCUCAUAAUCAACCAGCUCAUUCGAUGAAUAAUCCAUCAUGGUCAGAAAAUACUCCUGCUAGACGUAUAUUCCGACAUAACGUACGAACCAGUAUAGGUAGUCCUCAUGAACUUUAUUCAGAAGAUAUCAGUAUGGCCAUAGCUACUCCAUUACCAUCAACAAUUUCGAACUUUAUUCCUCGUACUAGGAAAAGUUCUAUGGUACCUACUACUUCUCAAGAAUCCGCUUUAUCCGAUUAUUCAGAAGAUAAUAAUAAACCUUUAGUCGAAAGAACUUUGAUACCUGGUCCUAUGUUCUCUUAUAAAGAUAUUGCGACACCUAUUAAAUGGACGUUGGAAGAUCCGGAUUUACCUUCUCCAUUUUUGAGAAGACCUUCUUCAGCUCCUUUGGAAGAACAACCUCGACAACCUUUAGGUGCUAUUUCCGUCCAAACUAUUAUUCCUCUGCAAAAUCAGAAUCAGAAUCAAAGUCAGAAUCAGACACAGGGACAAGGACAAGGAAAAGGAAAAGGUGGUUUACCAACGAUUAGGAGUAAAUCAGGAGGAUUGAAUUUACAUCAACAUGUUUUAAAAGUUAAUGCAGCGACGGCGGAAGCGAAACGUAUGCGCUGA